AUGCUACAAAAACUUGAUCAACAACUUGAUCAACUGGGUGUGCAACGCACGAUUGUAACGACAACGCAGCCUUCAGAAGUCCAAAAAUGGGACCGUAUUGCUCGCCUAUCUAUGUAUCGGAACUUGGCCAUGGCACCAUUCAACGAUCAAAUGCAUGGUGCCUUGGGUGGACGUCCCUUUGAUAAAGUUAUAUGGAUCAAUGACGUGCUGUUUGAAGCAGACACGGUUCAUGCUUUGCUCGAUACUCAAGGUGGCGAAUUUGACCAGGCUUGCGCCAUGGACUUUUGUUGGUUGGGAUUCUACGAUACCUGGGUGAUGCGCGACGCAGAUGGACGCACUACACGCCCUUUCUGGCCGUACUUCAAAGCUCCAGAAGACCAAAGAGCAGUGCAGGGAGGUCUGCCUGUACCUGUUAACGCCUGCUGGAAUGGUAUUACGGCGUUUGAUGCACGUUGGUUCAGGAAUACAACCAUACCCACCGAUGCGCCGAUAUCUCCGCUCCUCACCGCUGCACGGACACUGCCAUCCCCACCUCUGCAAAGUAAGGAUGUGCUAGAUGUGGCUGCAACGGUACCCCUUACGUUCCGCGAAAGCCCGAUAUGUUACGCAUCAGAAUCACUACUCAGCAGCUUGGAUAUGCAUCGCAUUGCCAAGCCGUACCGUCCCAGGAUCUAUGUAAAUCCUACGCUCACAGUAGCGUAUGAUGGACCGAAUUACUUUUUGUAUGGUCGUAUGAUGCAUUGGAGCGUCACAGGACCCUGGCGCUAUUUCUGGCAGUACUGGAUCGAGCACAAGAUUUUUGGCUUUGCUCUGCACAUAUUGGGCCGCGUGGAUCCAUGUACCGAUGGGGAGGCGGUGCCAGAGAUGGCUAUGUUGCCAGCUCUCACAGAAGGCAUGCCGCUGCUAUCGCCAUUGCAUCAAAAGGUCUUUGAUGUGGAUGCCUUCCUGUGCUCGCGUGUGCCAGGGCAGGAGAUUCAGGAUAUCGUCAAAGAAUUACGAGCAUACAAAGCGACAUUGCAGGAAAAGGUCGCUGCUGUUGUACAAGAGAAAUAUCAUGCUGUGGUCUCUCUUACGACCUCUAUUCGUUCUGAGGCAGAGCCAAUCGAGGCGCUGCAAAAAGAGCACAGCUUGGACGAUGUGUUAUCCACACUUCAGUCCCUUCGUGCGACGCUCCAGCAAAUGAAGUCGGACACGGCGCAACUCGCCGAAGAAGCGAACGCGGAUGCCGAAGAACGUCGUCGUCUUGUGUCCCUGCUAGAAAUGGACCGUGUACUGCAAUCAUUGGAACAUAUUACGCACCUUGUCAGCCCAACGACACGACCGGAAUCUACCCUCCCGUUCGCAUCGUGGCUCGGCGACGAGGAAGAAGAUGAGAAAGAUGAAGCGACGAGGACGACAACAAUGCCACAGUACACGCACGAACAGCGGGUAUUGCAAGAGCUGCAUACGUACACAUGGCUACGACAUCUGCUUGGUAUGUCGACGUCUGAACGAAGUGCGGCGUAUAUCGCGCAUAUGCAGCCCCGUAUAGAUCGCGUCGUGGCGCAGAUGCGGCAGGAUGUAGCGACGCUGCAUCGACAUGUGGACGAAGCGUGCCCCCCUGGAACUCCGCUGGGGGCGACACAGUUGCGUUGGCUCCGCCUCGUCCUUGAACUAAGCAUGGAACUGGGCGACACAAGUGUGACAGCCGCUAUGACACGACUGCUCGACGAGCGUGUACUGCCAACUCUAUUGCCUUGCUUUGAUGCACCUACAUCGAUACCAACGCCUCACCUGCCAUUGGAUCUUUAUACGGACGAGCAGGAACUCGCCCAACUUACAUCGCUCACGCAGCUGCCAUGGGGAAAGCCUGUGGAUCCAUCAUACACCUCUGACCUACGGACGCUGUUGGAUGCACUGCUGGAGGUAGCCUACCAACAUUCAGGCGUGUGCAAAAUGGCGGAGGAAGUUGGCGGCGCACGAACCGAUGUAUUCUUAGACCUUGUCUGGCAUACUAUGGCCGAUAUGCUGAUAACGCAGUAUGGGACCCAUUUGUUCUUUGUGGGCAAACCAGACGAGUUUCAUCGGAAUUAUACCCUUAUACGCGCAUGGAUGGAUGCUAUGCAGGCCAUGGCUCCCUCAGCACGCGCCCAUACAGCGUUCCGAACACAUGCCACCACACUGGCAUUGGAGCGGCGGUGGCAACUCUCUGCCUUUUUCCAUUUGUGUGCCCGAGACCGGGUUACUUCGUUGGAGGCCGCCCUCGCCUCGCCGUCCUCCACCCCCUUAGCUGGGUUUCGACAGGCGGCCUUGGCGCAUUUGUUGUAUGCAUUUGUGCUCCCAUGGCGAAUGACACGGCAUAUUCCCGCGUUGCGUGCGCGCGAAUGGCGGCAGAGUAUGCAUGUGCUCAGCCGGUAUCGGACAUGGGUCGACAAAAUUGUUAGCGAGAUGGAGCCGGAGGCCAGCUCAGAUAUGCCCUCACGAACCUCGACACCGACGCCGGCGGAAGAAAGUAGCGGCCUUACGGACAUCGAAGUGCACAAACUGCAUCAGGCUGUGGGCCUGCUUGCGGAUGUUUCACUGUUUGAAAAGCGCGUGAGCGACGUAUACACCACAUGGCUACGGCCCAAGCUGCUAGCCGGGACAGAUACGUCGUUACCCGAGGCGGACACAGUGCAGGAGGCACUGGAUACAGCGCUGGCUUCUUCAUUGGGCUUGGUAUCGCAUGUGGAAAAGCAUGUGCAGUCGUUCGUGCUACAUAUGCUGCGCCGCAAAUGCACGGAACCUUUGCGCCAAGUGCGUGCCGGUCAAACGCAUUACCGGGCAAUUUCACGGCCUUCGUCUCCCGCUCCCACUUCGCAGUCCAGCACGUAUACCAAGGCCAUGGUCCGGCCAUUGUACCAGCUCUGGGAACCGGAUAGGCCGGUUCACUCGCUAGCACUAGCGCAGCAGCAAGCUUGGGUCGACGAGGUUGUCCAAGCGAUGGUGGCGCGGUAUGCGACAGCCAUCGAUACCGUCACACGCAACUUGGAAUCGCUACGUCGCUUGAAGCGCGGCACACCGGGCCUGGCUGCAGACGAGGCGAGCAAUGACGAGCAUGUCUACACGCAAUUUAAGGCGGAUGCCGAUGCCUUGGCCUCGGAGCUUACAGCGUUCAGUGCCGCGACGCAGAUCCCGAUCGAUAUGCAGAAAGACGCAUGGACAACGCUACGCCGCUCUCUCCGUCCUUAG